UGAAAUCCUAAACGGAAAUGCGUUGGUUGCAUUGUAGCAUACUUGACGCAACUGUUGGCGCUAGCGGUGGACUGACAGUUGGCAGAAACCUUCGUCUAACAUGAAGAUACAAAUGUUUUAAUGAAAUCAUGACACAGAUUUGAGGAGUUUUUACAAGUAUUAUAUUUGCCAGACUGUAUUCUGUCACUGUGGUUAUGUCAUUUGUUGUUUGAGAACCCCGUACCAGCUACGUUAGCUAGUUAGCUUCAGCAAGCUAACAUAAACAUUGACAAGCUAACGUAGCUAGCUACGUGGCUAGCUAACGCUAACUCGGCUAACAUCCCAUUUUUUAGUGUUUUAAUUGUAAUGGAUGAGGAUUUUCUGCUCGCAAUUCGGCUUCAGGAGCAGUUUGACAAUGAAUACGAGACAUCGUCAUAUUCAUCAAGCAGCUUCGAGGGUAAUGGCUUCGGACAAAGCAGUAAGAAGAGGAAAGUGGAGGUGGCUGGAGGUGGCAGCGGUGUUGUUCCCUACUGGAAGCCGACCGUCCGGCCCGACAGGCCGCUGUCCAUCGUGGACGCGUCCUGGGAGACGCUGGACCCGAGUCCCGAUGUCAGAGCCAUGUUUCUGGAGUUCAAUGAGACCUUCUUCUGGGGGAAACUCUGCGGUGUCGAGGUCAAGUGGAGCCCCAGAAUGACACUGUGUGCUGGUGUGUGUUCCUACGAGGGCCGAGGUGGUCUGUGUUCGAUCCGGCUCAGUGAGCCUCUGCUGAAGCUUAGACCCAGGAAAGACCUGGUGGAGACUCUCCUCCACGAAAUGAUUCACGCGCUGCUGUUUGUGACCCAGAACAACCGAGACCGGGACGGCCAUGGCCCUGAGUUCUGCAAACACAUGAACCGGAUCAACAGCGCCAGUGGCACAAAAAUAUCUAUCUACCACAGCUUCCAUGACGAGGUGGACGUGUACCGGCAGCACUGGUGGAAAUGCAACGGGCCCUGUCAGCACCGCAAGCCCUAUUUGGGCUUUGUGAAGAGGGCCAUGAACCGGGCCCCUUCUGCUCAGGAUCCCUGGUGGGAGGACCACAAGAGGACGUGUGGAGGGACCUACACCAAGGUCAAGGAGCCGGAAGGAUACGGCAAGAAAGGCAAGAAAGAUGCUAAAAAGGAUGGGAAGACCUCCGAGAAGAAGGACUCAGGGAAGAAGGACUCAGGGAAUGGGAAGUCUUCAAGUUACAGUACAGGCUCCGGCUCCCAGGACAUCAGGGACAUAAUCCCCUUCAGUGGCAAAGGAUUCCUCCUCGGAGGGGUGACCCAGUCCUCCGGGUCUCCCCCCCCAUCUCACACACCUGAAGUGCCUUCCUCUCUAAGGAAACUCUUCACCCCUUCGUCUCCGGCUAAAACUCUCAGUUCUCCCGUUGGCCCGGUCCUCGAUAACAAAGGACUCUCUAGCACCUCUCCCUGCGUCAGACCAGCUCCCUCCGUGGGCCAGAAGCAGCCCGUGAAGAGGUCUGUGAGUAACACGAGAGCUUUCGUCAACAUCAACGGCUCGCCAGUGAGAAUCCCCAAACCGCACAGCAGCAGCAGCCGGAGCCAAGACGGGGAUGGAGCCACGCAGAAGUCCAUCGAAGACCUCUUCAACAGCUUCAGCAGGGCAGCGGGUCGGUCCGCCACGUCAGACCCAGAAACUCAAAGAGAUUCACGGACAUCACCAGCGAGUGCUACGUCUGCGUCUCCAUUAACAGCAGCCUCCUCUCCCAGAACAUCUCUGCCCAGUCCUAGUGAGUCCAGGCGUUCUGGAGUUUCAUCAGGGACCAGAGGCAGCCCUGCAAACCCAACCCUGUCCGAGUACUUCAGUGGUUCUAACAGGGCUAGGACAUCAGGAGCUGCUGGCGGGGGUCAGGUGUCGAGGAAGAGGCCGUGGGACGACAGCAGGAGCUCGUCCAGCAUCACUGACUUCUUCCAGAAGACGUCAGGCAGCGAUCCAGCAGCGUCACGGGGGGCGGGAGAGACCAAGUCACCCGCAAUGCAGCGUAGGACCGCAACUGCCACGGCCUCCUCUUCAUCCUCUCUCCAAUCCUCGGCAGGGCUGAACAGUUUGACCCCCUCCUCCUCUUCCUUGUCGUCCUCCUCGGCGCUGAUGGUCAGCUGUCCUGCGUGCCAAGCAGAGGUGCAGGAGUCAAAGAUCAAUGAGCAUCUCGAUUCCUGCCUCUCCUGAAUGAAGACGAGCAGACUCAGACAUGGACUUUUAAAGUUUGCUGUGUUGGGUUUUAAGUGAUUUGAGCUGACGGUGGACCAGAUCUCCUUUUUAAGUUUCUCAAUUUUUGAUUUUAGGGGAAAUAGACUCAACUUUUGAUUUGAAAAGAAUGGUUGGACACAGUUUUACAACCAGAUCGGCGUGAUUACAUAACUGUAAUAGUAAGUGCCUGUCUGACAAUGUGUGCCUUAGUCUCUAGACUAAGAGACUAGAGAACCGCAGGGUUCAACAGAUAAUGGAAGUCAUUCACUUUUUACCUAAAUUAAUCUUAGUCUUUUUCAUUGAGCUAAACACUUAAAAUUCCCAUAAUUUCUGUCUGGUAGCGUGGGCAGGUGGAGUGUACCAGUAAGUGAAGCAGUCUUGUUUUAACUUUGUUGAAUAUUUUAAGGAUGACAUUCAGUUGUUCUCUGGGGGCUCUGGGGGCUC